AUGAACCACCGGAGACCUUAUCUACAGUCGCCGUCGAGGACUCCCAAGCUCGCCGUCUACUGCCUCCUCCUAACAUCACUCUUCCUCGCCUGCAUCGCCCUCCUCAAGCACAAAAUCCGACCCGACCCGAACAUCGCCGGCCUCCGCGACCUCCAGAUACGGGGCUGCAACGUCACCGACGAGAAGCGCCGCCUCGUCGCCGGCCUCGAGCCGUUGAUCUCCAAGGAGCCGCUCGACGUCUGGGAGGGCCUCGGCAAGGAGGAGAAAAACGUGAAGUACCUACCCGCCCUGACCGGUCUCCCCGGGAAGGACCGGAUUGUGUACAUCGACCUCGGCGCCCGCGAGUACGAGUCGAGCAUCGGAAGCUGGUUCGUGCGGCAGUACCCGAAGCAGGGGAAGCCGUACGUGGUCUACGCGGUGGAGGCCGACCGUUCUUUCCACAAGCAGUACGAGUCGCGGCCGGGGGUGACGCUGCUGCCGUACGCCGCGUGGAUCCGGAACGAGACGGUGGUGUUCGGGAGCAAGCCGAUCAUCGUGAAGGACCGGGUGUGGCGGAUGCGGCCCUUCGGGAGGAUCGAGGGGGACAAGGCCGAGGGGGACGGGCUGUCGGCGGUGGUGAGGGUGCCGGCGUUCGACUUCGUGGAGUGGCUGGCGGCGACGGUGAGGGAGACGGACUUCGUGGUAGUGAAGAUGGACGUGGAGGGGACGGAGAUCACGCUGGUUCGUGAGCUGGUGCGGCGGGGGGCGAUGUGCCUGAUCGACGAGCUGUUCAUGGAGUGCCAUUUCGACAGGUAUGUAAAGUGCUGCUCCGGGGAGAGAAUCAAUCGGUUCAAUUACACGUACGGACAGUGCUACGAUCUGUUCGCGCAGCUGAGGGAGAUGGGCGUGGUGGCGCACCAGUGGUGGUGA